UGGUGUCAUUCAAGUUUGUUUACAAAAUGUCGGAGCUCUGUAUAUUUUCGUGAUGCAGCUUGUUGUCGGUGGACUGGAAAUGAUUAAUGGUAUAUAAGUGUUACUCAGACGCGCAAUAAACGAUUCGUGUUACUAGUACUACUUUUUACGUAGAUACACGUUGCUGGAAAUUGAACAUAACCUAACCGGUAUGGCGCGUCCGCGGACUACUGCUUCUCUGUAAACAUCAAUGACGCCAAUGACGGAACGCUUUAUAAGUGCUUUGCAAACAUCGAUUGACUCCGUGAUAGUCGCUUAAUAAUUUGCUACCAGUGGCAGAUAAUUGUUUAGAUGGAUAAUGAGCGAGUCCGAUGACACAGAUGUUUUGCUCCUGAUCCCGCCCGAUAUAUUUCACGUACCAUCUUCCGAUUCGGACUCGUGCUCGAGCACUCGCGCUAGAACGGAUUGCAGCAAGACCGGCGUGAUCUCAGAGCUAGUGGGGCAUAUGCAAUCAUUGGAGUCCCGCGUCUCCGCGAUUGAAUCCAGAGACAAUAGCUUAGACGUCUCUGCGCCGAACAGUCUGCUUAACGAUUCUCAGCCAAUCCACGACGGUGGUGCGUCCUAUCCUUAUCAACGGCAGACUCUACCCAGAACUAGGUUCUCCGUAAGUCAAGGCGCCAGCUUACAAAAUACUCCUGUGAAGCCACGUAAAUCUCUGUCCGUUCCUUCCACUCCCAAUGGGUAUUCGUCGCAGAGCUGUACUAACUUCUCAAAGAAUGAUGUGAAGUCUGGAUGCCAUCCUUUGACAGCUACUACCUCUAAUUUGACUAAUACUAACACUCUUGCUCGGGCCAAGCAUGACGCUCUAACUUUGUACUCUGAUUCCUUUGUGGUAUCUCCUACUUCCUGUGGUACUGGGCUCUCGCAUGCCAUUGUUAUGUCUGGAAAGAAGGACACUUAUUCGUCUCCUCAACCAAAUGAUCGUUCUACGAGUAACUUGUAUUGUAAACCAUACAAUUCCUCACAUUCAACAGUACCUGUGUCAAAUUCAUCUAAUGCAUCGAUAGGUCAGCUGCUACAAACUCAUCCUAAAAUAGUACAGGAGAUGGAACUGUCGGAGGUUGAUGAGUUGCUUCAGGAAAUGGAAGCUACUGAAUUAGAAUUAUCAAAAAGAAUAAAUAAUACUAGCAAUUAUCAAUAUCGCAAUGAGCUGCUUCAUCCAAUAUUAUCGAUUCAAACUGGUGAUAAUACAAGAAGUCCAGAAAAGGAGGCGCAAUAUAAACUUGCGCAUCGUAAAUUAGAUUUUCAGUUAUGUGAAAAUAAAGAUAGCCAACUUACUGACGCUAUGUCAGCCAUUUCUCAAAAGAGAAUGAACAAUGCAUUCCCUGAUAUAUCAUUGCCAUAUAAUGAUUCAUUCCAACUAAAUGAGACUGACAAAAUAAUUUCUGAAUUUAAAACAUGGGAACGAAACGUUCAGCAGCCUGUUAUAAAAUCAAAUGGAUGUACAAUAGAAAAUGUAAAAAAUAUAGAUCAUUCAUUUAAUAUGUCAGCCAUGAUUGACACUAUUAAACCAAAAGAAUCAGUGCCAGAACCGAAUGUUCUAAUAACAGACGAAACUAAUAUAAAUGGUGCAUGUACUCAAUCAAAGUCCUCCAUUAUAAGUACAGGUCCUGUAUCACAUAUUAAUGAGUCAGCUAAACUUUCUAGUAUGAUUCCACCAAAAACUGUACAACGUAGUAAUACAGAAUCUUUAGAUUUUUGUCAAACAUCACAGCAUAAUGAAAAUUUACACAAUAUAGAAAAAUCUGAUUUUGGCAAAAGUAUUAUGCACGUUGGAACAAAUACUGAUCUUCAUUUAAGAAAAUGUCAACGAUUUUUAUCACUUUCGGAUUUCUGGGAUUCUAAUCCAACCAGAUCGCGAGAAGAAACACUUAGGAUUAAGAUAGAAGAAGAGAAAUUCCGUAGAGAGCAUUGCGAGCAUCUAAUUCAAGAACUUCAGAAACGUUUGCUGGAACAACAAGAAAAAGUGGCUGUAGCGGUUAGAGUUGACAAUGAAAAAAAUGUUUUGAUAUCUCAAUUUCAAACAUCUUGGGCUAAAUUAAAGCAACAAGUUGAAAUAUUAGAAGUUGAACACAAAAAUUCACAGACUAAUUUGCAAUACAUCACAGAAAAACAUCAAUCUGAGAUUUCAGAGCUCCAAAUUCAAAUCAAACGGUUGGAGGGAGAAUUAUCGAAAGCUCUAGACUUGGCAGCUGGAUAUAAAGAGAAGAGUGACAUUAUGAUCAAAGAGAAAGUUGAUGUACUAAAAUCUCAUGCAGAUGAAUUAGAAAGUUAUAAAUCAUUGGUUCAAGAAGCAGAAAAUAGGUAUGAACAAAUGAAGAUGGAAUUCAACAAACUGUUAGAGAAGAAUCAAAAAAGUGAAGAGACAUUGAGGACCGUUCAAUCAGAAUUGAAUAAAGAACGUUUGAGAGGAGGUGAGGUGCGAAAUGAGAUGGGUGUUAUUCAUAAAGCACUAGAUACUUGUGAAGCUGAAUUGACAGUGCUGAAACAAGAAAAAGAGAAUUUACAGCUGAAACUCAAAGAAGAGAUAAACAGAAAUUCUAUUUUAGAACAGAAGAAUUCAUCGUUGCUUGUAUCUAUUGACAAUGCUAAGAAAGCAGAGAAAUUAGCUAAAGAUGAAACCAAAUCUAUUGUGGAGCAAAGGGAAAAAAUUAGAGCGGAAUUACAAGAAGUUUAUCAGAAACAAGUUGAUGAAGUGGUAAAAGCAAAAUUGCAAGAAUUUCAAAUGCAGCUUGACAAUGCUGAAUCAGAAUUUUUAGAGGAAUUAAAAACAAGACAGCAAGUUAUAGCUGAAUGCGCUGCCAGAAAGAUAAAGGAUGUUAUCGAUAAACAUCGUUUGGAGAUAAAUUUGUUAGAGGAAAAACAUAAAGAAGAGAAACGAUUAUAUGAACUGCAAUUAGCUCAAGCUUUGCAGAGAUCGUCUAUAUUAGAAACGCAAUUGAAUUCUCAACGCGCAACAAAAUCUCAACUUGCGGAACAAUUGCAUUCCGUUAUGCAAAAACAAUGGCAACAGGCUCUGCAUAUUAUAUCAGGCAGUAACGUUGAUAAUAUUGCUUCGAUUCAAAAAAUUCACGCAGACAAAUAUUUUGACCUUAAAGGUCCUAAAAAAUCUGAAUCAAUGCCAAAUUGUUACGCCAAACUUUCUCAGGAAUCGAUAAAACAUAUGGCUCAACCAUUAGAGGCACAUAAUUUGAUUAAUGUACGAUCUCUUGAAGAUCAAAACGAAAGUGUGAUGACAAUAAAUUCUAUCGAAAAUUUGCCUUUAACUAGUAAAAGUGAAUCAAAGGAUGAUCUUCGAAAAUAUGUAAAAAUGAUUGCAGAAAUGCAAUUAGCAAAAGAGGAUAAAGAUUCAAAUCCUAGAAGCAGUAUUUCGAGUCCACCUUUAGGAUGCAGAGAGGUACCGCGGAAACAUUACUUAAAAAAGGACUUAAGUAUGAGUGAAGAUAGCGCCAUGUGGCAACCAAGUUCCGAGACUAUGCAUGAUAUUAGUGAACAUAUACCACUUCCACAAAAAAUGCUUUCCAAAAUAGACCAGAAGAACAAACCUCCUUGGAAAUGACAUAUGAUACAUGAUGAUGAUAUUGAAGGCGUGGACGAGCUUGAUCAUGGCAACUUAAUUCGGUACAGUGUACUUAAUUAGCAGUAAUAAGUUUUAUAUGAAACAAAUAUCAAUAUAUAUUUUUUAUCGAGAAGAAAAUUAAAUAAAAUUUUUUUUAUAUAUUCCAUUAA